GGUCGCUGGUGCAAGUAUUUUGCAAACAUGGCUGCGUCCACUGUAGAGAAAGUUCAAGAAGUGCGAGAAGUCACUCGUAUUGAGAGAAUUGGAGCUCACUCCCACAUCCGAGGUCUUGGAUUGGAUGAUGGCCUGGAGGCUCGUGUUGUGUCGCAGGGAAUGGUUGGUCAGUUGGAUGCCAGGAGAGCUGCCGGGGUUAUCCUCGAGAUGAUAAAGGAGGGCAAGAUUGCUGGCAGAGCUAUUCUAAUUGCUGGACAACCAGGCACUGGAAAAACCGCAAUAGCAAUGGGUAUGGCCCAGGCACUGGGUACUGACACUCCGUUCACCAGCAUGGCAGGUAGUGAAAUCUUUUCACUGGAGAUGAGCAAAACCGAGGCACUGACACAGGCUUUCAGGAAAUCCAUUGGUGUUCGAAUCAAAGAAGAAUCUGAAAUCAUUGAGGGAGAAGUAGUUGAGAUACAAAUAGACCGCCCAGCCACAGGAACGGGAGCAAAGAUUGGGAAACUGACAUUGAAGACAACAGACAUGGAGACGAUAUAUGACCUUGGGCAGAAAAUGAUAGAAUCACUAACAAAAGAGAAAGUACAGGCAGGUGACAUCAUCACAAUAGACAAAGCAACGGGGAAGAUAACUAAGCUAGGAAGAUCAUUCACGAGAGCCAGAGAUUAUGAUGCUAUGGGUGCACAGACCAAGUUUGUCCAGUGUCCUGAAGGUGAAUUACAGAAGAGGAAAGAAGUGGUGCACACCGUCACAUUACACGAGAUAGACGUCAUCAAUAGCAGAACUCAGGGAUUCCUUGCUCUUUUUGCAGGUGACACUGGUGAAAUUAAGUCUGAAGUACGAGAGCAGAUCAAUGCUAAAGUAGCGGAAUGGAGAGAGGAGGGCAAAGCUGAAAUUGUUCCUGGGGUAUUGUUUGUUGACGAGGUCCACAUGUUAGAUAUCGAAUGCUUCUCCUUUCUGAACAGAGCCCUUGAGAGUGAUAUGGCUCCCGUUCUUAUAAUGGCCACCAACAGAGGAAUUACAAAAAUUCGCGGUACGCAAUACAACAGUCCUCACGGUGUUCCCAUCGAUCUCCUCGACAGAGUACUCAUCAUUUCAACUAUACCGUACCAAGAGAAGGAAAUUAAACAGAUCCUCAAGAUCAUAGCUAAUUUCACUGACUCAAGUACAUCAGUCAAAACAAAAAUAAAUCAUUUAAUGUUUUUUUUUUUUAUUGUAUUACUCAAUGGGGUUUUUUCGUUUUGUUAUCAGGGUACUGAAGUAGACGUGGAUGACAUCAAACGGGUUUAUUCUCUGUUCCUGGACGAAUCUCGAUCGGCACAGUUUCUCAAAGAGUAUCAACAAGAGUUCAUGUUCAAUGAAGUUGAAUCAGAAAUUAUGGAAACGAGCUGACAGAAAUGACAAGACGAGGAAGUUGUGUGACCAAAAACAAACUGCCAUUUAUUGAACAGGUGUACUGUGAAACCAUUUGGUGUUGAACCAAUCAGUUCAUAUUCCAUACAGAUGUUUUAUAUAAAAAUAUUUUCUCAC